AGAAGUUCUCUUCGCAAUCUGAUCGACACGGAUGAAAAUGCCCUGCUAGCGCCCCUAAAGCCCUUCUUCUCUUGACCUCCAGACGUCGACGCUGACACACUUUCACGCCCUCGCUCCUACGGCCUGUCGUUGCGGAUGGCCGUUCAGCCUGCUGACAAUUUCAAUGAAGUGCUCCCGGGCACAAAACGGCUCUUCACGGAUGAAUGGGCAAGUGUGUCGGGCGAUAGCCAGCUUGAAAAACAUGGCGACAUCAUCCUCGUGCCGCGGCCGACCAAGUCGCCCAACGACCCCCUGAACUGGAGCCUCGCGCGCAAGAGCUGGCACUCGGUUCUCGUCUGCUACAUCGUGGCUCUGACGGCGGCCACGUCCAACGUCGCGGGCGCGGCGAGCGUGGGCGUUAAUGAACAGUACGGCAUUAGUUACGACGUCUUCAACACGGGCGCCGGCGUCCUGUUCAUCGGCAUCGGCUACUGGACGCUGCUGAGUUCGCCGGCGGUCCAUCUGUACGGCCGCCGCAUCUUGUAUCUCGUGGGUACGACCUGGGGCCUCAUCGGCAACAUCUGGUUCGGGCUGCUGGACAACAAGGCCGACACCAUCUGGUCGCAGCUCUUCGUCGGCGCGUCCGAGUCCGUGGCCGAGGCCGUCGUGCAGCUGUCUCUGCUGGACAUUUGGUUUGAGCACCAGAACGGAACCUCGCUGGGCUUCUACACGCUGGCAACGUCGGUGGGCACGUAUAUCGGGCCCCUGAUCGGAGGCCACGUCGCGAGCAGCAGCCUCGGGUGGCGAUGGAUUGGCUAUCUGGGCGCCAUCGCCUCUGGAGUGACGCUCAUUCUCUUCUACUUUGGCCUUGAGGAGACGGCCUUUCAGCGCAAUCGCUAUCUAGAUCGCAACACCAAUCGCGAGCGCCAGGAUGUCGACGUCGGUGACGCCGACACUAGUCGCAACGCAGCCAGCCCCCACGACGACUCGCCACUCGCAGAUCGCGGUGAAGUCCGCGAUGAGAAGUCAUCUGCGACGACCCCUGCCGCUGAAGUCGGCGUCAGCAUUGGCAUCGACGAGGAGGCGCCGUACCACAGUGGCGAUCUCGGGCGCCGCUUCUCCCUCUCGUACACGCGGCCCAAGACGUACUGGGAACGCAUCGCCGUCAUCACGCCGGCGCCCAACCUGCGCGGGCUGGGCUUCCAGCAGUACGUCAGUCGGCUGUGGCACACGCUGCGCAUCUUCACCUUUCCCGCUGUUUGGUUCGCCGGCCUGCAGUGGGGGAUGCAGAAUGUCGCGCUGUCGUUUUACUUGACGGUUCAGGAGGACACCUGGAGUGGUCCGCCGUGGAACUACAGCGAUGCAGCUGUUGGUAACAUGAACUUGCCUUGUCUCAUUGGCAGUGUCAUCGGUUGUUUCUACGGCGGUUAUUGCAGCGACCUGUUCCUGCUUUGGAUGACUCGGCGCAACAGGGGAAUCAUGGAGGCUGAGUUCCGUCUCUACCUCAUGUUUCUCUGCGUCGCCAUCUUCCCCGCCGGCAUGUUGCUCUUUGGCAUUGGUUCUGCCAAAGGAUGGGACUGGCCUGUGCCUUACCUCGGGUUAGGCUUCAUCGGUUUUGGCUACGGCUGCGCAGGCGAUUUAAGCAUCACCUACCUGGCCGACAGCUACCCGGACAUGGUGUUGGAGGGCAUGGUGGGAGUUGCUGUCAUCAACAACUCGCUAGCCAUGGUUUUCACGUUUGUUGCCAGUUACUGGCUGGACACUGGUUUGCAGAACUGCUUCAUCGAACUUGGCGUUUUGAGCUUUGUUGUCUUGAUGCUCUCUCUGCCCAUGAUUCUCUGGGGAAAGCAAUGGCGCCGCUGGACCAAGGAUCAGUACAUUACCUUCUUGAGGAUUCGUGACGGAAUGGAUGACUAGUUGCGUGGACAGGGGAUUCUCUGAUGGGGUUCGCAGAACCUCUUGUGAAUGUUUUCUAUGUCUAGUCUACCGGCAGAACAAUAUUUCCAACUGUAAGGGUCUCUGAAACGAGCACCCUGUAUGUACAACUGUAUCAUCUAUUUGCAAUCCCUUGAGGUGUUACAUCUAAAAUCUAAAACUUCAAAGUUUCCCUUUCUAAGGAGCUCCGGAACCAGAAGGAGGAGUCCCGCUGAAUGUUCCGUUGCCUUCACCACCACUAGGAGCGCCACCAACGGAGCCGGAGGAAGCAUGGCCACCGUCCUCAUCAAGGUAACCGGCAAUGUUGUAGUAGUCGUCAGUGGUAUAGUCGACGGAGCCGUUAAUGCCAAUCUGGAUCCAGGCAAACAGGCCGUCCUGCAGGUCAUCGCCAAGGUACACAAAUUGAGGGAA